GAGCGCGCUCCACUAGUACGUUUUACGCGUUCACAGAGCAACGUACUCUGUUUUUACCAAAGUUUUUAUUUUCUUCGUAACUCUAAGUCGUUCCCUUUCAAUCGUUCGUUUGCCUUCAACCAAGUUUCAGCUUAAUAUAUUCGAAAGUGAGAUAAUUCCACGAGCGUUUGAUCUUAUUGUGAAUUCGAAGAAUCGAGUCGCGAGAUUCGUUGACGAGAUUCCAUCCUCUUGAAGGAGACUGAAAUUUUUCGAGAAUAGAUUUAGAGGGGAGUUGUUGAUAAUAGUCGAGCACUGUGAAAUAGAAGUAAGAAAAGCCUGAUACAGAAUGCCCGUCGAAUUGGAGUCAGUGGCACCGAUCACACACAAGCCCUUCUCACCUUGUAACGGGGAGAAGAAGAUGAACAAACUAUGCAGGCAGGUGUCCAUCGACAGCCCGAGCGUGACGGGUCGCGAAUGGGUGUUCAGUUUCGACGUUCCUGUUCCCGAUGUUCCAGCGCACGGAGCCCGGAUCCGGGUGAUGUGUGCAGGUGCUUGCUACCAUCCUCGUCGUUCGCCAAGCCUAUCCAGCCUGACCUCUGUCUCCAGUGGAAGCAGUUUAGCGACAGAUGUUUCUUUGGAGGGUGACUUCCCAGCAUCGUUGCCUCAUCACGGAGUCCGUGACGCAGCUCUGUUCCCUGGAUACGAGGUAGCAGGAGUGAUCGAGUCCCUUGGAGCGAAUGUUCCCGAGGACUGCGGCUACACGGUUGGAGAUCGAGUGAUUCUUUAUCCUUACGAGGGAAUUCCAAAUGGAUACGUCGAAUACCUGGUCGUUCACGAUCUGAAGUAUCUUAUAAAGAUACCAGAUAACGUCAGCCUCAGCGUAGCGGCCAUGUUACCAGCUGGUGCUCUAUUAGCCAUGAACACCGUUUUUGCUGCUCAUGAACACGUUCAAGCGGUGCUGAAGCAGAGAGGCGAGAAGAGCGUUUGCAAGAUUCUAAUUGUUGGCACUGGCGGUCUGGCACUUUGGGCUCUGAGAAUCGCGGCGUAUCACUUCAGCAACAUGAAGGAUAGGGUUACCAUUACAAUCGCUUCGCUGAAAGACGAUGGACUGACUAUGGCUCAGGAAUUCCAACGUUUCCUUUCUCACUACAGCGUGAACGUGGUACAAUGGAGUGAGGAUCUGUACGAGAAACAGCUGAUCGAGCGCACGAUGGAUGCCUGUCAAGGUCACGUGGAUGUGGUGAUCGAUUUCGGUACAACCUCGCGCAGUCUACAUCGCAGUAUGCAGUGCCUGAGCAAAGGAGGCGUGGUGUUCGUGAUCAAAGAAGUGGCCGAUCGAUUGCUACCAAAAUUCAGCAGACGCGCGGAGGAAUGGCAACAGAGUAUCAAAUCAGUGGAGGCUGGUACUCUGGAGCAACUUCGCGAGUUGGUCGAGCUGGUGGCUUCUGGUGAAAUCGAGCCCCCGCCACAUACCGUUUAUCCUGCAGAAGAGGUUCUCGACGUGGUCCGCAAGCUGUGUCACUCUGAGAUUCAAGGUCGUGCGAUUUUACGUUUCUAUCCAGCGGAUUAAAGGAUUUUCUGGAACUAAACAUCUUGUGCCGCGCGGAUCGGCACGAAACGCGAAUCGGAAAACGACCGAGGAGAUUUGAAGAAUAGACGGUAGCCGGAUCAACUUCGGUUAAUUAGGUAUUGAGGCCAACGUGGCUGAACAGUGUGAAUACUUCGAACACUGAAGCUUCACAGAGUAAUCGAGAGCAUGGGUCGUUGAAUAAUGUUUCUCCUCUGCACGAAAUGCAGGGAGCAAGGAGAAUAAUGGUAUAGUUGUCCUAUGAAAAACGUUAGAUCACUGGGCGAUUAAUUUAUAUACAAAGUAAUACGAUUGAUCCUUGGAUGAAGCGAAACGAGAAAAGUUGGACGAUCCACCGUAUACCACUGCGUAUCUAUUAAUGGUGUAUUAUACGAUAACGACUACCUUUGGAUCGGUUCACAUACUUACAUAUAUUGUAUCGUUGCUAUGUGCAGUACCGAUAAGUGCACACUUACUCGCAUCUUUCGUUUCGAAGGCGUUUAAUCACGCUUCCCAGGAAUUUGUUGAAAAUCAUCGUGAAAUUGUAUGGUCAUAGAGUAGAGAGUAAAGAGGUAUUCGAGAAACGAUGAUGUCAUGGAAACGUAGGGAAUACCACAGAGAAAGUUUUAUCGCUGAAUUGAAUACACCGUUAUGCAUGCGAGAUUUUCCAUGGCUCUUUCGCUAAUAUCGUGGUAUUGCUUUCACUUAAAAGUUGUUAACUUAAGAAUGUAAUUAUAUAUUUCAUUUCCAACGUCGAAAGACUUUGCCAAUAUUACCUAAUGAGCUGUUAAUACAUUGUUGACCAGUUAUUUUACGUAAAAAUUAACGCGUACCACCGCCUAUUUUAUGCAAGAUCGAACAAUUCUACUUUAUACAUAAAAGCACAAGUUAACCUGUAACCGAUCAACAAUGUGUUAAGAUAAGAUUUUAAUAUAAAAUAUAUUUAACGCUCGAGUUGUUGAACUUUAAUGAUCUGCGACUAUAACAAAGCACAAUCUGCGAUAAAAUUUGAAAGAAACGUUUCUGAAUACCUUGCCAACCAUUGAGAGUUUAAGAGAUAACAGAGUUAUCGACUAAUAACUAAGUUAAGUCUCGGGUAGAUUUUAACCUUACGUGGUAUAUAUAUAUAUCGGAUACACGUAUAAAUCCGAUGUAUCAAAAGAUGAUUAAUGGUACUGUUAAAUAUUUAAUGUCAAUUGAAUCGUAAUGGCCGUCAUGAUUUCAAGUUUUUAACAUGUAAUACCGGCCUGUAAUUGUUCGUUGAGGAAUUCGAUUAGGAAAGACAAAGUUAUGCGGGGAGAUUUUGUAAUCAGGUCAUCAAGUAUCAUCGUUUAAAUGACAUAAAUCAUACUCAGAACGCAUUUCGCACACGUACUCGGAAUAUAAUCGAGCAAUUAAAAUGUGGAAGGAAAACACCUCCUAAUUCGUUAGGUACAAAUAAUGAAUCAUAUCGGUCGGCGGUUUUACGAACGAAACUGUCAUCACGUGAAAAGAAACGUUGCUUUACCAUUACAUGUAGAUUUGGUAAACGUUUGCAUUUAACGAAUGAUAUAACAUUUAUAAAAUACGAUUGUCUCGUAAUCGAGACACCAGAAUUACUUUCGAACGUGUUAUCACGUUUCGGGGCAUUUUCGCAAAUUAUGCUUAGGUAUCAGUAUUCCUUUAUCACAUAGCGCAAUUUAGGAUAAGUUGAUCAUUUUGUGCGCGUAUAAGGAAAUAACUAAUCGUAUCUCAUAUCGCAGUUAUUACAUCUCUACCUUGAAAGACUGUUUUCUUUAUUUAAGUAUAAUUAACUUUUGUCCUUUUUAUUUCCGUUCUCUCUUUUUAAUUUUUCAUUGUAAACCUAGGUGAUAAUUUAACAGCGUGGAUACGUGUUACCACACGUUAUUCUACUGACUGUUCGCUGUGGCAGUAAUUGUAUUAUAUUAUGGUGAUAAUACAACAGAUUUAUUAAAAUAA